GGCCACCCCCCACUGCCCUCCAUCACCUAUGGAAGCUCAGGGAGGGUACUGAGCCCCCAGGCCGUGAGCGAAGCCCAUCACCUCUUCAACACCCUCCUGGCCUCCACCCGUGCUUUCCAGGGGGCCAAGGAGCCACCAGUGCCCAGCGUGGGACAGUACCUGCGGGCAGAGAUCGCCCGGAGAGUCCCCGCUUUGGGGGGGGGCGAGGAGGACAGCCGCAGCGCUGUCCUCGCUGCCUGCCUCAAGCUGGAGUGUUGCAUUAGCGGGACCCAUAGCAUGGACCUGGUGGCCCUGGAGCCCUUCGGGGAGUACAUCUCCCUGCCUGGCCUGGACUGCACCUUCCCGAGCGGCUACAGCAGCUUGCCGGAUCACAUGGUCUCAGCUCUGCCAGAGGGCAUCAUCCUGUUCAACAAAGCGGUGAGGACCAUCCGAUGGAAAGGGUCUUUCCGUGAGGAAGGGGACAAUGCCAGGGAUUUUCCUGUGAAGGUAGAGUGCGAGGACGGAGACGUCUUCCUCGCUGACCACGUCAUUGUCACCGUCCCUCUGGGUUUCCUCAAGGAACAUCACCAGGACUUCUUCCAGCCUCCCCUGCCCGAGCGGAAAGCAGAGGCCAUUCGCCACCUGGGUUUUGGCACCAACAACAAGAUCUUCCUGGAGUUCGAGCAGCCUUUCUGGGAACCCCAGCAGGAGCUCCUGGAAAUGGUGUGGGAGGACGAGUCGCCCCUCGAAGAGCCCAGUGCUGACCUGGAGGCCAACUGGUUCAAGAAACUCAUAGGAUUCGUGGUCCUCCAACCACCGGAGCAGCACGGGCACGUCCUCUGCGGCUUCAUCGCGGGGAAGGAGUCGGAGUACAUGGAGAGGCUGAGCAACGAGGAGGUUCUUGGCACCAUGACACGUGUCCUCCGCACACUGACAGGGAACGCCCACCUGCCCACUCCCAAGAGUGUGCUCAGGUCCCAGUGGCACAGCGCCCCCUACACCCGGGGCUCCUACAGCUACGUGGCAGUUGGCAGCUCCGGGGAUGACAUUGAUGUGCUGGCUCAGCCCCUGCCUGAGGACCCCGAAGACCCCAGGCCUCUGCAGCUCCUCUUCGCUGGCGAG